AUGAAUUUCAUUCCAGGAAAGGCUUGCAGCUCUGGCAUCAUGUUUCCCUUCAACAGCACCAAGUCCACAUUCUCCACCUUCCUGGUGACAGGCAUCCCUGGGCUGGAGGCUGUGCACAUCUGGAUCUCCAUACCCUUCUGUGCCAUGUUCUUCAUUACCUUGGUGGGCAACGGGAUCAUCAUGACGGUUAUCUGGAAGGAACAGACCCUCCAUGUGCCUAUGUACCUCUUCCUGGCCAUGCUGGCUGCCUCUGAUCUGGGUCUGUCCCUUUUCACCUUUCCUUCACUGCUGAGGAUCUUCUGGCUGGAUGCUCGAGAGUUCACUCUCUCAGCUUGCUUCACCCAAAUGUUUUUUAUUCACACUUUCCAGGAUUUCGAGUCAGCUAUCAUAUUGGCAAUGGCCUUUGACCGCUAUGUGGCCAUUUCUCGUCCAUUGCACUAUGCCUCCAUCCUCACCAAUAGUGUAAUUGCCAGGAUAGGUUUGGCCAUUAUAGUGAGAGCCAUGAUUGCACAGAUACCCCUCCCUAUCCUCUUGAGGAGUCUGUGCUUCUGUCGCUCCAAUGUACUUUCUCAUUCCUACUGCCUGCAUCUUGACAUCUUAAAACUCUCCUGUUCUAACACUAGGAUCAAUAGCAUCUUUGGACUCUUUAUGGUGCUUCCCAACAUGGGACUUGAUUUUCUCCACAUUCUCCUUUCCUACCUGUUGAUUUUGAAAACUGUACUGAGCAUUGCAUCCCAUGGUGGCUGUCUAAAGGCUCUUAACACUUGUAUUUCCCACCUCUGUGCUGUGGUCCUCUUCUUCACACCCAUGAUCUGCCUGUCUAUACUUUAUUGAUUUGGACCAAGGUUUCCCAAAAGCAUCUAUGUACUCAUAGCCAACAUGCAUUUUCUCAUUCCCCCUGUGAUAAACCCUAUUGUCUAUGUGGUGAAAAUGAAGCAGAUACGAGACAAAAUCCUUAAACAUUUUAUCAAAAAAGGACCUGAAGAAUCCUGA